GCGGCGUGGACCACGGCGGCGCGGUUCCAGGCGGGCUUCUGCUCCCGCGGCGGCGCCUUGGCCGCUCUGCAGGAGUUGGCGCUGACUGCCAAGCUCAGGUCGCAGGCUGGCCUCAAUGAAUGCUGGUGGCUCUCCUACCAAGCAUGGACGGACGGCGGCAUGACUCAGGCCUGGUUCCCCGGAAAGUUCCUGGAGGGCCCGAGCUCGGCUUUGGGAAGUUGGACCUGGGAGGAGGCGGCGAACCGCUGCAAAGCCCUGGGCGCUGCGUGGCAGCUCUGGCCCGUCACGGUGGACUUGCCCCGCUAUGUGCACGACCUUCGAGGUUGCGGGCGGGUGAGACGAGACUUGUGGUCCAGCAUCGAUGAGUUGAAGAGCGCGCUGGCGCCGACGUUGCCCUUCCGACGAGAAGUGCACCUUUGCAUCCCAUCAGCGUGCAGGGCGUCGGAGGUGGCCGCGGGGCCCGUGGUGCUGUGGCUGGCCCACGGAUGGCAGCUGAAGGGCGCCAUGAGUCAGCUGCCGCCCCCGGCGCUGGCGCAUGCCAACGUCUCGAUCCCAUCCGGAACUCAGCACUCUGAGUGGCUCCAUGUGCGGACACAGGGGCGCCUGGGGAACCUCCUGAUGGACUUGGCCAACGGCCUGGCCCAAGCCGCGCGGCUCGGGAAGCGCGGCGUGGUGCUGCACCGGGGCUUCGAGCUGAGCGCCGCCGCUGGGAGGAACGACGGGCGCGAGCUGCUGGGGGACCUCUUCGGGGAAAAGCUGGAGCUGGACCUCUCCGCGGAGGACCGGCGCUUGCUCUUCAGGCGCUCCACGCGCUGCGGCGUGGACGUGGCCUCGGCGGGCCUGGUGAGUGCGGCAACGCACUGGUCCUUCAGUGCCUGGGGGAACCUGGAGGGGGCCUUCCAGAGCUGCGCGCUGCACCUGGCGCUAAGGCGCAGGAUCUUGCGAUCUGUACUGCUGCCGCGGCUUGAGCAGCGUUGCUCGCUCUCGGCCACGGCCGCAGAUGUGGUCACGAUACACCUGCGCGGUGGUGACACCAUUCCGGCAGUCUCGCCAGAGCAUGCGCAGCCUCCAUGCGCUGUCUACGAUCACGUUCUGAGUGAAGAUGGCUUUCAACACAUUGAGAUUGUGGCGGAAGAUGGCAAGAACCCAUGCUUGGCGCAUUUGUUGAGCCGAUAUCCCACCAAGAUCAGAGGAGUACAACUCGGGGGCUCCUUGCUGGAGGCCGCGUGCGCGCUGCUCUCAGCCUCCAACUUGGUCUUGGCCAAGAGCAGCUUCACCGGAAACUUGGCCUUGCUGGGCCUGGCACGGAAGGUCUUUGCGCCUCUGCCGGCCGGCAUGUUCGCCCCAGGCCCCACAUCCUUUGGCUUGCCCUUCUAUGAGUACUUCGCGCAGUUGUGCAGCACGUUCAAUGAUAGUGUGGGCUACCAACCUGGCGACAGCUACUUUGCGACGCGGCUGCAGCGACAUGCCGUGGACGGGGAGGUCUCCGACCGCUUCCCGGAGAGCCUCGGCGGCGCGGGGAUUGCGGGGAGUGCGGCGAGGUCUCAGCUGUCGGAGGCGCAGCUGCCUUUGGCCACCCUCGGAGACUUGGAGCCCGCGGGGUCCGUGCAGGACCAUGCGUUCUUGCAGCUCCUGGGCAUCCCCGAGAACGUGGCCACAUCUCAGGCGGUGGAUCGUUGCUUCCUGAAGGUGGAGGUCUACGACCGCUUCGGCGAGAGCGGCGCCGUGGAGGACGAGUUCGAGCGCUUCUGCCGCGGCUUCGUGGCGGACGCGCGGCAGCGUUGCGGGGGCCGGCGCCUGGUGGCGGCGCUGAAGCCGCUGCUGGUGGACCUGGUGAAGCGGCGCCAGGGCAUCUCCUCCAUGCUGAACAUUCUCCGGAGCUGCGGCCUCGACAAGGCGGAGAAGGUGUUGCUGCGGAAGCAUCUGCAGCCGAGGGAUGUGUUGAUCGCCUUGACCUUCAGCUCCAUGCCCCCAGGCACAUCGCAGGCGCGGAUGAUGACGCUGGCGGCGAAGACGGACUCCCCGCUGCCGCUGCUCUUUGGGUGGGCGGUGCCGGAGGAGCCAGGUGGAGGCCUGCAGUUGUGCUCGCAGAUCCAGUGGGGGGCACUGCGAGAGCUCUUCUGCAGCCCUUCGUGUCCGUUGGUCCUGUCGCUGGGGACGAGUCAGACCUUGGGCAAGUCCUACCUGCUUCAGUACCUCUACGCUUUGCAGGAGUGCCAUUUCCGGUCUGUGCACCAGACGCCUUUGCGGAUUCACACUAUGGCCUCAAUCGACCUCAUCAGCGACUUUGCGCGGGAGGAGUGCAUGCGUGGGGUGACCUUGGCGGACGUGCACGGCUUCGAUGGGAAGCUUUGCCGGGCGCUCACGGCGACGCUCCACAGCUUCGCCGCGGUCACGCUGCUCCACGCGUCGCUGCGCUCAGACUUUCCAAGCGGAACGGAGCCCUCGGAGAAGCUGCGGAGCCUGCUGGAGGUGCUGCCCGAGGACGGCGGCAACCUGCUGCUGCUGCUGCGGGAUGCCGAGGACGACCACGGGCCAACGGAGCAGCGCCGGGUGGCGGGGUGCGUGGAGAGCGUGCGCCGCCUCACCCGGCGACAAAGGAUCUCCGCGUGGCUGGUGCCGUGCCUGUCGAGCCUGGGGCCAACGGAGCUCACCAACGAGGUGAAGUCGCUGCGGAAGAGCCGGGCCCUGGGCCCCGGGCCGUGCCUCGAGGAGGCCCUGGCGGAAGCUGCGCGGAGCCACAGGAAGUUCCCCCCCGCCGCGGUGCUGCAGCAGCGCUACUACGAGCUCUUCGAGCUCCUGGAGAAGCAGGACUCCUUGACUUUGCCGAAGGCGCAGGACAGCUACGGCGCCUUGGCCCAGCGGGUCUUCUCGGAGCUGGGCGGCACCGGCGCCGGCGGCAGCUGCGAGCUGCUGGGGAAGCUGUUCCCGGUGGCACAGAGCCACCAGCAGCUCACCACGCUGAUCCAGGAUAAGGUGCGGUGCCUGGGCCGAGGGCGCGAGUACUUGGAGCCGGAGGAGCGGCGACUGCUGGAGUCCAACGUGGACGGCAUCGAUCGCGAGAUCGCGAGGCUGCGGCUGGAGCGCCAGAAAGCAGCACCCCACCCGCUGCUCCGCACCUUUGCGCAGCUGGUGCAGACAGGUGACAUCAGCCUCAUCGUGGAGUUCGGGGCGUGCCUGAAUGAGUGGAAGCAGACGAAGCGCUAUCCGCUGCUGCAGAGGAAGCUGGCGCUUCGCAAGGAGCUGGACCGCCUCAUCUCCGAGGCCAAGCUCUCGGAGCCGAGCGCCGCGCGGGCGGCGCAGCUGCGGAGCGACCUGGCGCAGCUGCAGAGGAGGCUGGACGAAGUGGACGUGUCCACGGACUCCUUUUGGCUGGAGCUGAUGCUGUGGCACGAGCUGGACCGCACGGGGGUGCGGCCCGGCCUGCGGGAGCUUGGCCUCAGCUUCGCAAAGGCCAAGGCCUGCUACCUGAAUUGGGUCAAGAGCGGGAACCCGCUGCACUUCCUGCACUCCUCGCCUUUGCAGUUCGGCGCCUUCGAGCCUCUGCGGUGGCACCCGCAGCUCAGCGGGGCCAACUUCUUCGGCAGCGACUUCAUCGGGGAGGUGCUGCGGGACCUGGACCAAAGCCUCGGCGUGGACGUGCGGCGGAGGCCGCUGCUGGUGAUCUCGGUGAUCGGCGUGCAGAGCUCGGGGAAGAGCACUUUGAUGAACUACUUGUUCGGCUGCUCCUUUGCCACGCACGUGGGGCGCUGCACCAAGGGCCUCUACAUCUCCUUGCUGGAGACGAGGCACGCGUUGCUGGUGAUCCUGGACACGGAGGGGCUGUUGUCCGUGGAGGCCCGCGACGACGUCUUCGACAAGCAGGUGGCGCUCAUGACGAUGGCCUGCUCGGACCUGGUGAUUGUGAACAACCGGGGCGAGCUGGGCCGGCACGUGGGAGACCUAUUCCAGGUCUGCCUCUUCGCCUUGUACCACCUGAAGCUGGCGCGGAUCAGCCCGGCCAUUGGCUUCGUCUUGCAGUGCCUGAGUAUGGUGAACCAGCAGCAGCAGUACGAGUGGGUGGCCACUGUGAAGAGGUCGUUGGAGGACUCUGUGCAAGAGCUGCAGCAGAAGGAGAAGCCUCACUCCUUCAAGCUGCAGGACCUGGUCUUCUUGGACAGCGAGAGCAUCUUCGUGAUGCCCAGCGCCUUCAACGACGACGUGCAGUUCGGGCUGCAGGUGUCUCGGCCGACGAACCUCUAUGCUUUGAAGGCGCUGCAGCUCAGGGAGAAGGUCUUCCAGUGGAUCGCCAGGGCCAAAGAGUCCCAGAAGCAGCGGCAAACGGAGACGGACACCACGGUCUUCGCGUCGCUGAGUCAGUGGUACGACCACGCGCGCACCGUGUGGCAGACGCUGUCCAUGUGUGGCACCGACUUGCUGCAGUUCCGCACCAUGCGCCAGGUGCUCAUGGCGCAGCAGCUCCAGGAGUUCUGCGACGCCUUGGUGCAGAAGCACGUGGACGGCAAGAUGCACCUGGAGAGCGAGCACCUGAUCCAGCGCUACACCAAAGAGCUGCGCUCGGCGAACGUGAGCAGCGAGGUGCACGCCACGGACAACGCCUUCAGAGGCCAGCUGGACGCUUUGCGGGACGCGGUGGUCCAAGAGAUGCAGCACGACUUCGACGAGUUCGUGCGGGCGCACGACAGCAAAUUCACGGACGAGCAGGUGAAGAGCGACAAGCGCUUCUCCUUGAUGGGCCCCAUGCGACGGAAGUACGCCUCAGUGGACAGUUUGUGGCGCAGCGCGGUGCAUUUGGUGCUGGAGCAGAACUCCAUGGACCAUUUGUUCGAGGAGAUCUCGGCGCGGGUGAACGACCUGCUACUGGAGCAGGGGUCCCACAUCAACGUGCAGAACGUGGAGCGGGUCUUUGAGGAGAAGUGGAGCCAGGUCAUGGCAGAGGCCCUGCGCAAGCAGAAGCCCAAUCUGGACAAAGUCACCCAGGAGGUGGUGUCCCACUUCAACGCGGCCUUGCUGAACCUCAAGUCUCAGUUCCGGAAGGCCCACAUCUUCCACGGGGUGAAGACCUUGACCUCCGACGUGCGGGAGAUGUCCGAGGCGAUGUCCUCCUUUCUGCUGGCAAAGAAGGGCAUCGGCGCCGCGCUGGUGCCGGUGAUGCCGACUGGAGCCUCGGGGGCCUCUCACGUGGACAACCUCUGGAUCAAGCUGGUAGAUACCAUGCGUUUGGAGGUGGACCAGCAGGGCCAGAUGUCCGACGCCGCGGCCCUGAAGAUCUUGAACCGCCUGAACUCCGAGAUGGAGGCGGCGGACCAGCUGCGGCAGCUGCUGCACAGGCUGGGCUCGCCCUUCGUGCAGAAGCUGGUCUACGAGGUGGCCAAGGCCACCAUCCACUACCGCUUCCAGAUCGAGCAGCAGAACUUUCAAAGCCGCGUGAACGAGAUUUUGAGCAAGAAGCAGCAGAAGCUUUGGGAGAUCCAGGCCCGGGUGGACAGCGGCAAGCGGGAGGUGCACUGCGCGAAGGUCUGGGCCAAGAGCUUCGUGGACACCCUGGACCAGCACUUCCGCAACGCCGUGGGGCGCAUGGCGCAGGAGGUGGUGUCCCACAUGUCCAAGAUCCUGACCAACCCGGGGAACGCCUGUGAGCAGGCGAUCGAGCGCUCCUUCACGCGCAGGAACUGGCGCCACGUUGUGAUGUACGCCAUCGACCCCACGCAGUACUUGUUCAUGGAGUUCCACAAGGAGUGGGAGUCCUUUAAGCAGGGCCUGGUGGACAAGUACUGCCAGGAGUUGAAGAACAACUUCGGGAACUGCUUGCGCGUGGCUGAGGAACACAUGCAAGACCUAUUGGAGAGCCGAUCUCUGGAGGGCAUCUCAGACCUCACCAUGAACAAGCUCUCUCAGGUGCUCAAAGAAGUUUGCGCUGAGCUGGCAGACGACUCCCUUGCAUCCGUGCUGUGCUCCUCUUUGCCAACCUUUCAGAGCGAGGCGGACUGGGCUCUGAAGAACUUCGGGCAGUUCCUGCGCUUCGCCUCCUUGGAGCUGAAGAGGUACCGCUCCAACAUGCGGGAGACCGAGAUCUCGGUGGAGCGGCGUAUGGAGAGCGAGCUGACGCGCCAGAAGUCGGACUUCUGGAAGUGCAUCUCGGGCUGCCCCGCGCGGUGCCCGGGCUGCGGCACCAAGUGCAACUUGGAGUCCGAGAGCCACUGGCCGGAGAGGCCCCACGAGUGCCGGCGCCACGUGUAUCCAGCUUUCAACGGCUGGCAGAAGCAGGAGGGCCGGAAGCCCUUCUUGCUGCACUGCCGCGCCAAGGCGCAGUGGCAAAUCGCCCGCACCAGGCCGCCCAUCGAGGCUGGGGGCCCGGAAAGGUACUGGGACAACUUCCAAGCCAUGCUGGAGGACGAGCACCCGGAUUGGCUGGAUCCCAUGACUCGUCUGCCGCUGGCGUCCAUGGAGCCCCUGGAAGACUUUGAGGAGGAUUGCGCCUCCGCGCCGGAGGAGAUCCAGCGGGAGAUCGAGGAGAACCGCCGGGCCUGGGCCAACUGCAAGGAUGCCUUGCUGGAGCAUUUCACCUCCAUGGCCGAUGACCCGGACAUCCCCUGGCUGGAGAAGUACAAGCGCGAGGGGGGCGCCUUGCAGCGCGAAGACUUCGUGUCGAUCCGCGACGAGCUCUUCGCGGUGACGCCGUUAGAGUCCUUGGAGGCCAUGGACAGCAUGAUGCCUUUGGACGACACUUUGGAGGAGAUCCACCGGCGCCUUUGUGCGGCCAUCCCUGGCACAGCAGAGGCUUUGCGCUUGCGGGCAAACCUGGCCGGGGAGCUCUUGGAGGCUGCUGGUCGCCUUAUGGACUGCACCUCCUACGAGGCGGUCCGCGCUGGGAUCCUGGAGUUUGGGGGCGUGUGCGAAGAGGAGGAGGAGGAGUGCGUGGCUCCGAUCAUUACUUGUCAGAAGGACCUGGAAGUGUGGCAGAAUCUUUGGCCCGAGCUGUGCCUGCCGGCGAGGCAAGGCACUGCCAAGCGCCGUCUUUUCAUUGGCCUGACUCUGUGGGCCUCCACCUUGCCAGAUGCCAAGGAUGUGGUGCCCGACUGGCAGCUGGAAUAUGUGGAUGAGGCCGCCGAGACUGCGCGCCUCGCCGCGUUCGCAGAGCUCAACUUGGAAGAGAUCGACCAGGAUGAGCUUCCAGAGCCGGAGCCGCAUGAGUACUGCCCGCCCCUCAACGCGGUGCAGGUGACUUUCCGCCUGGGGCGAGCGCUGGUGGAGAAGGCUGGCGCAGGCAGCCUAGGCGACUUCGCUGCUGGCCUCACGGAGCUGAGGCAGACCGUGGAGUCCGCACUGCCUCAAUAUGUUCAGAACCAGACAAAGCUUUCAGAAGAUUUCACGGAGAAGAAGAAAGCCACAGCAGCGGCCCGUUGGGCCAAAGCCCAAACCGAGGAGGGCCUGAACGAUGCCUCCGACGAUGAAUCAGUUGAAUCUGAGAAAGAGCCCAUCAUCCUGCUACAAGAGGAGCAGCAGCGAGAUUCCGUGUACUUUGUUCUGCAUGCUGACGCGGAUGCAGCCUACGAUGCGGAUGCUGAUGCGUAUUCCUUUGGUGAAGCUGCAAUGUCUCAGGCAGAGCUGCUGCAGUAUUACGAGAGGCUCUGCAAGGAGGAGCCGCUUCUGAGGUGUCUCAUCGCUCCCCUGGCGCAGAAGGAUCCCGGGCUGCAGGAAGGCCUCAAGGCGCUGAGGGCGAGGCUGCCUGGCUCGGUGUCUUUGGUGGAUGACAUCUGCCAGAAAGAGGCGCAGGUUCAGGAGUUGGACGACGAUGGAGAUGAGCAGGCGCAGCGCGAUGGCAUCGGUCGACUGCUGGACCCAAGGCUCACCGCCUUCGGCCUGGCAUCACAGCGCAUCGAGUUCCUCAAGGCCGGGCACGGACACCACGAUGUGGCCACGGAGGAGCUGGGGAGGGAUUCCGUCUUGGACUUCGGGGAGCACCAGGAGAUGCUGGCGGCACUCGGACCCCUCAUGGACUUUGCCCUGUCAACCCCGGACAGCCACCGCAGGAUGCUGCUCCCUCUGGAGGAUCCGCAGCUGCAGCCUCUGGGCGACCGGCUCCGGUCCAUCCUCCUCACAGCGUAUCGCUCGAAGAAAUCCGCGAAGCGGAAGAAGAACAAGGAUUUGAACAAGCUGCAGUUCUGUGAAGGCUUACGGAGGCUUGGCUAUCGUCACGCUGAUGACUAUGCGGAGCUCAUCUUUGAUUUCCUGGAUCAGUCGGGAAAUGGCUCCAUCUCCCCGUCCGAACUCCAGAUGCUGGAGCUCGUGGACGGCGCUGGGACACUCGAGGAUUUGGACAAGCUUCGCAUCUUCCUCUGCGAGUGGAAGGCGCGGCGUGCGCGGGCGGCUGAAGCCGCUCGGGCGGCUCAGGGAGGAGAGACGGAGGAUGACGCGGCGCGAGCUGAGGCUGAGAAGGAAGCGAAGAGAUCGCCUCUGGCGGAGCUGUGGCAGUACAUGGACCGCGACGGCUCCGGGGAGGCCUCCUUCGCGGAGUUCCGCCGGGCCCUGCGCAAGGCGCGGCACCCCGCGGGGCUGAAUCCCAACAAGGGCCCAGCGCUGGAGCUCUUCAUGUGUCUGGACAUUCAGGUGGAUGGCAGCAUCGUGGAAGGAGAGUUCUACUGCUUCAGCAUCUUGAGCGCCUACUUCCAGCUCCAACGAGUGGAGCGAGUCAGGAAGUUCUUGGAAACUCGCUUCGGCACUCUGAAGGCAGCGUUCAAGUAUAUGGACGCGGAUCGCUCAGGGUCACUGACCACGCAGGAGUGGAUGGACUUCAUGAUGGGUCCGCAAGGCUAUGCCAGUGAGGAAGACGUCAAGGUUUGUUUCUUCUUCAUUGACAAGGACUUCUCCGGACAGCUCACCAGCAAAGAGUUUGAGUUCCUGGGCAACUUCGACGGCCGAGAUUUUGUGGAAGAUGUCGAGAAGCUCCGUGACUACCUGGUGGAGAAGUACGAGAACCUCGAGGACGCGUACGAUGCCUGGGAGCAGAAGAUGCCUCCGCUGGACAUGGGCGGGACGGACCUGAGCCAAAUCCCGGAGAAGAGGAGGAUGCGGCGCGAAGGUCGUGGGCUUUCUGGUCAGGACUUCGUCAACGCGUGUCGGAUGUGCGGCUUCAAGGGUCGAUUCGACCCGAGACUGCUCUUCAACUUUCUGGACGCCUCUCACGUCGGACAUAUUACCCGCAAUGAGUUCCUUCAGCUGGGCAAGCUGGGCGCUGUGGAAGCCUUGCACAUCACCUCGGAGAGGAUGCGGAAAGGCAUCGGCACCCUGAAGGCCUUCAUCUUCCAAGAGGCUGAGUUGGAGGACCCGGAGGAGGCUCAGCCAGAUGACAAGUGGAAGUGGGCAGCUGUGCACAAGGCUCUGCGGGACGUGACCCAGGACGAUCUUGAGCUGACCGAGGCGUAG